CACUUGUGUAAGUGAAUGCGCCGGCGCGCGCGUGUAACCGCGACGAAGCGCGAGCCACGCCACCAACACAGAGGGGUUCCCCUUUCCAACAGUGCGCACAGAGCACAGAGGCUGACAGAGGCUUUUUAUGUGUGAAAACUCGGACAACAAACAACGAGGAAGUACCGCAGGGGACCGACUGAACACCUAAACUCACUCUGAACUUUCUGAAAGUGAAAUUACCAGAUUUGGAAGAUUAAAGAGAUCCGUCUUUGCGCCUCUCCUCGUGCGCUCUCACGACGGAUUCAGCUCUCCAAUGCCCAAAGAGUGCAGGAGAAAGACCUCCAAAGACUUCGGACUCUCUGGGACUGGAAUAAACGACGGGGCCCGUACAGAGAGGAGAACAGCCGGAGUGAAAGCAUCCCAAAUCUGCGAUGAUCUCAUUCAGAAAGCCGCUCAAAUCGCCCCGUCGUCCGCAACCGGAGCGCCGACUGUGAUGGAUGCGCGCCGGGUACCGCAGGUCACCAUCACCCCGGAGGGAGGCGGCUCCUCCCGGGAGAUGCAGCAGGAGGAUUGGGAUGAUGCUGUGGACGGUACCCUGCGCAGGAAACUGUCCAACUCCUCCAUCUCCUCCACGGGCUCCUCUGCUGUGGAGUCCGAGGAUGAUUUACUGAGCGACAACGAGAGCAAAAGCAAAGGCAUCAUCACUUUGGAGCAUCUGGUGGACACUGGAGAGAGUAAGCCAUGGUGGAAGUUGAAGACGAUCGUCCACUGGCCCUUCAGCGCUACACAGAGGAGAAAACUGAACUGGGUUCAGCUGGCCGGGCAUAAAGGUAACUUCAAAGCAGCAGAUGAGGGAAACAUCCUGAAGAAGUUCUCAGAAAACGAGAUGCGGUGCUUUGAGAAGCUGAGGGAUGAUGCACUACUCCCAUUUGUGCCCGGUUACCACGGCACCGUGGAGAAAGACGGAGAGUCUUUCCUUCAUAUGACUGACCUGCUGGCGAGCUUUGAACUUCCCAAUGUCAUGGACUGCAAGAUGGGAGUGAGGACAUACCUGGAGGAGGAGCUUGUUCGGGCGCGGGAGCGGCCCAAGCCGAGGGAAGACCUGUACAAGAAAAUGGUGGAGGUGGACAGCGAAGGGCCGACUCCCCAGGAGCAUUCCCAACGAGGGGUCACCAAGCCUCGCUACAUGCAGUGGAGGGAGACCAUGAGCUCCACCCACACCCUGGGCUUCAGGAUAGAAGGGAUCAAGAAAUGUGACGGUACGUGUCGGACUGACUUCAAGAAAACCAGAUCGAAGCAGGAUGUCAUCCAGGUGUUCAAGGACUUUGUCGAAGGGAACGUCAGCAUCAUAAAGUCCUACCUGAGCAGACUGACGGAGAUCCGGCAGGCCCUGAAGAUGUCCGAGUUCUUCAAGCAGCACGAGGUCAUUGGCAGCUCUCUCCUCUUUAUCCACGACCACACGAGCAACGCACAGGUCUGGAUCAUUGACUUUGGCAAGACCACAGCGCUACCAGAGGGCCAGACAUUAAAACAUGACAUUCCCUGGCAGGAAGGCAACCGAGAAGACGGAUACCUGUGGGGGCUGGAGAACCUCAUUCACACUCUGGAAUCUGUGAGCGAUGAAGGGACGAGCGGAGAAACGUUUUGCUCUGUGACCAAAGAAAACAGCCAAACUACAGAAACAGAUGGUCAGUGACCUUUGACCUGUAGGUGGGUGAGAGGAAGUCAAACUAUUUUUAAUGGACACCACAGAGAGAGCCUGAGGGGGGUUUCAGAUAUGUUGUUUUGGGUGCUGGAUGAUGAUAAAUGUUGAAAAGAUUGCAGAGAUGCGACAAUAAAGAACAUUUCAAAGAUGAGCCUUAUAAACGCCACUGACAGAAAAUACUCGCUGGACACUGAGCAGAGAGGAGCAGAGGAUUUGUCACUAGUUACUGAACGGUUGAGCAAAUGAAUUGACACUAAUUCAACUUCCUGCAAAAUGAACAGAAGUGAAAGUGUAUGGAUUCUGCAUUUCAGUUUCAGGGACAGGGUGUUACGCAUGACGGAAAUGCUCAUGAAACACGAAUCAAAACAAAGUGAGCAAUUACAAGUCCUCAGUUCUCCUUGUUACCAUGUUACCCUCAGCCCUGAUGUUACAUCUCUGCCCAGCUGCCAGGAGAAAGUGUUGGCAAUGUACGUUCAUGCAAACCAAGAUAUAUUACAUUUGUAGGUUUUAUGCGUAUCAUAUUGAUGUGGGUGGAUUAUGAGACAAUGGGCCUCUGGGCACAGAUAUGCAAAGGGCCCCACCACCUACCCUAAACAGGAAACACAGACUUUGUGUCUUUUUGAAGUUGUUACGUGUCUUUUUGUGUCUCUUUGUGGUCAUUCUGAGUCUUCUUCUGGUUGUUUUGUCUUUUUGUAGUUGUUUGGGCUCUUUGAGGUAAUAUGGUGUCUUAAUGAUGUAAUUUUGUGUCUUUUUUAGUCAUUUUUUGUCUCUUUGUGGUUGUUUUGUCCAUUUCUGUAGUUAUUUUGUGUUUCUUUGCAUCUCUUUUUGUGCUCAUUUUGAGUCUCUUCUUGGUCAGUAUGUGUUAAAUUGAGUGACAUUUUGCAAGUGAAGGUCACAGGGCCCCGGUAUGGUACCUUUGGAACCAAAAGUAGCCCUUCAGACCUAGACCCUAGCGUUUCCACCGUUAACAGUACUCUUAAAUGUGGGCGAGGUUGUUGUCACUCACUGCUCCAUCCAGCACUCACUGUAUUUCCUUAUAGAUGGAAGUCUGCACCUCCUUUAUCGUCCACAGAACGAGGUUGGACGUCAGCAUAUUCAGAACAAACUACAACCAGCUGCAGUGAGACUCUCUCUCUCCAUGGGAUAUUUAAAAAUAGUAGGUUUGUGCAUUUAGUCCUUCUCAGGCAAGCUCAGCUGGCCGGAGCCCACAGGAACAACGCUCUACGAUGCUUUUUUUUCUCCAAGUGAGGAUUAGAAUAUAUGUAGUUCACAUAAUUUGGUUGAAAUGAAUAUAUAUAUUUAAAACGUUUGAAGAUCCACUCAUUACUAAAAGUCUGUGUCAACUAAUGGAAUGGUCAAAGUUUUCAUAUUGAAAUUUAAGGUGUGUUGAUUGAUUCCCGUCGUCAACUCAUGCAUUGAGUAACAUUACCAGAAAAGGUUCCACCUUAAAAGUCGCCGGCAGUCGGCCCAGUGAAUUAAGUUAAUUUUUCUCAGACUACAGCGGCUGUAAGGAGAGCAAAACAUCCUUUAUUUUUAUAGUUAUAGUUUACUAAUGUAAAACUUGCCAUGGUAUGAACAGUGGUCACAAAACCAGCCAAAACUCAACCCUGAGCAAAGUGACCGUUUACUAUUGACCAAUGCAUGCAGUGUUCACAGCUCCACCUUUUAGUACCAGAUCUGUGUGCUAGGUACCCCAACAGAGGGGGGGACCAAAAAUGGGGAUCCAUUGGAACCAUCCACAACAUUUCACAGUGGAAACGGAAAAAAAGCGCACCAAAAUGAACUAUACCGUACCGUACUUCUGGGCGGAAACGGGGCUCUUGUGAUUGUUCUGUCUUUUUGUAGAUGUUUGGGUUCUUAGAGGCAAUUUUGUGUAUUUUUUGGGCCAUUUUGUUUUUGCUUUGUAGUCAUUUUGUGUAUCCUUGUAGUUGUUUUUUGUCUCUUUGUAGUAAUUUUCUGUCUCUUUGUGGUUGUUUUGGUCUUUAUGUGCUCAUUUUGAGUCUCUUCUUGGUCGGUGUGUGUAAAUUUGAGUAACAUUUUGCAAGUGAAGACACUUUGGGCCCCUGGGCCUGGGUCCAGUAGGCCUGUUUAGUAAUCCAUUCAUACAUAUCAAUGGCAUUUGACCAAGGUGAGAUGGCUGCCAAGCUGCAGACCACUGUUUGAGACCGACAAACAACAAAACUGAUUGUUUUUAGAGACACUGUGACACUUCCAGACGUGAUUGUGCCACCAAAACCACAUUUUAAGCCCAAACAUGACCACACAUUAAUUAACUGCAAGGCUAUUGAAAUGUAAACAAACUCGUGGUUUGCAGAAACAUACAAUGCCAACAUUUCCUCUGGCAACCGGGCGUCACAUCUGUAAGUGUUAUAUUAAAGGAGAGAUUCUGUGCAGUAUGAAACUCACAGUCAUAUGACUACAACACAUAACACACUGUCAAUAUGUUACUGCAUACUGUGUAAUGAUCAGAGUGCAUUACCUGUGUCACUGUUCUGACAAACUCUUGUUUAUUGUAUAUCAAUUUAUAUUUCUUUCACUGAUUUUAUUCCUGUAAUCAAACUUGUAAUUAUUUUCAUUUCUUUGUCACAGCACAUUUCUUGGUUUUUGGUCAGAGAUGUGCAAAUGAGUGAAACUGUAUAUGGAAUUAAAAAGGGCAAAUACUGUUAUUUUUUUAAACAGUAAAAACACUAUUGUGGUAUCUUAAUAAUGGGUUAGAGUUCAGGCUGUGUAACUGAUCAAACUCACACAAAUACGAUCAAUAUAUGUGGAUUUAUUUGGGGCAUGGGUAGGUUAGAUCAAAGUGUGAAGGACAGUAUAUUGCAUAGAAUGUCUUUGCAUUUUUGGUUGAGGCGUAAACACCCUCAGCUACAUAAAGAAAACAAGAAACGUUUUAAUGAGUGUGAAAUAAAAUACACCAGGCCGUAAAAAAUA